CUAGGACUGCAUACUUUUUCAACAGAAUUAAACAGGAAUGUUGUUUUUUUUUCAGAUGACUCAGCACGUACUCGGGUCAAUGAAUCACAACUAGUAUGCAACGAAGUAUUUACAGAUAAUCGAUUUUUUAUUCAAAAUCGACCUGUCCACGAUUAUGAAACAAUGACUUUAAUAUACUUUGUAACACCCACAUAUCCACGCAGGGAACAGGUACCUGAACUCAUUCGGCUAGCUUACACGCUCUUACAUGUGCCGCGACUUCAUUGGAUAGUUGCAAAUGAUUACCAUGUUUGCAACGUAUAUAUUGAUGACUUACUCAUAAAAUUAGGAGAACGCAUCGAAAGCCUAACUCCUGUAGAGUGGAACUUCAAUCCGAACUAAAACUCCUUGUUUUGCUCUCUAGGUAUGUAUGUAUGUAUGUUUGUUAGGGGCAAAUAUUGCAAUAAAUUUUUGAUCAACUUCUCAAUGACCUAUAGACUUGAAACUUCACCGUUGGCUCAGAACCCGAUGACAAUGCAAUACGAAGUAUGAGUUAAUCCGAUAGGUG